AUGGGUUCAAGACCACUGCCGAUCAUUGUCACCAAGCCUAUGCUGAAGGGCACACCGGAGUAUGAGGUCAAACGUCUUCCUUUAUUUGCUGCCAUCGCUGAGAAUAUCCCCGAAGAAUGGUAUCUUCCUCAAGAGCUGAUCAACAAUCCUCCACGAGAUGUCUCCACUAUUCCCAGCACCUGUGGCCUCCUGAGCGCCGAAGAGCUCGACAUCACGGAGAACCACGAUGCAACCAGCCUCGCUGAAGCCAUCGCGGCGCGAAAGUACACGGCCGUGACCGUCAUCAAAGCGUUCAUCAAGCGUGCUGCUAUUGCGCACCAGCUGGUCUGCUGCUUGACGCAAUUCUUCCCUGAGGAAGCCCUUGAGCAGGCCGCGAAGCUGGAUGAACAUGUCGCCAACACUGGUCAGACGGUGGGCCCUCUCCAUGGUGUGCCAGUAAGCAUUAAAGAACAUAUGCCAAUCGCGGGACACAGUUCCUCCUACGGCGAGCUGAGCACAACAUACUCCGAGGACAAAGACUGCCUCAUGGUCAGCAUCAUGCGCAAAGCCGGUGCGGUGUUUUACUGUAAAACGAACCAGCCCCAAGCAAUUAUGCACAUGGAGAGCAGCUCUCACUUUGGCCGAACCCUCAACCCAUUCAACAUUCAUUUGACUUGUGGUGGUUCGUCUGGAGGCGAAGGAGCCUUGAUUGGAAUGAAGGGUUCCGUGCUAGGCAUUGGCAGCGACAUUGGCGGGAGUAUUCGCGCACCUUCAGCUUUCUGUGGAAUUUAUGGUUGGAAACCAACCUCCAACUUGCUACCCAUGAGGGAUAUGCUUAGGGACCCAAUGCCGGCUGAAUUGAAUGUGCUGGCUUGUACUGGUCCAAUGGGUCGAAGUCUCCGGGACAUGGACCUUGUGACCAAAGUUGUUCUCGACACUGAGCCCUAUUUGGAGGAUCCAAAAAUGAUUCCAACCUUAUGGAAAGGUCUGCAAACCCCCGUUUCGAGGCGACUCAAGAUUGGUAUUAUCGAGAACGACGGCUUUAUUGAGCCCCAACCACCAGUCAAGCGGGCCAUUGCCUGGGUGAGGCAACUUGUCUCGGAUCCCAAGUAUCAAGACUUGAUCGAGGUUAAAGACUUCCACCAGUAUAAGGCCGCCGAAGCCUUCGACAAAGCUUGGCGUAUGUUCAUACCUGACGGCGGUGUAGGUGUUCUCGCAGCAAUCGAAGCCAGUGGAGAGCCUGUCCUGCCAUUAACUCGCUGGCUCAUCCACGAAGAUGCUAAAAUGAAAAAUGCUGUCGAAGUUGCGUAUCUGCGACAGGAACGAGACAAUUUCCGCAUCGAAUAUGCCGCUAGCUGGAACGCUCAGGACGUCGACGUAGUUAUCGGACCUACUCAUGUGGGACCAGCUCCGCAGCACGAUACAACGCGCUUCUGGACAUACACCACAUUCUGGAACUUGGUAGAUCAUCCUGGUCUCGUAUUUCCAACGCCUAUUAGGAGCGAAGCCGGUGAGAAGUAUGCCGACAAUUAUAAGCCGCUUUCCAACGAAUGUCGCAUUGUGAAGCAAGAGUGGGACGACGGUAAUUUCGAGGGUGCUCCGAUAGCACUGCAGAUCAACGCCAGAAAGUACCACGACAACCAACUAUUUGGCGCUCUAUCCAUCUUGAAGGACAUUUUGGGUCUUCCGUGA